GGUCAGUCUUCUCUCUUUUUCUUCUUCCAUGACUACUAAACCGUCUUUCUUUCCACGCCAUCCUUCUUCUCUACUUCCCUUCCCUCAUGCACUCACUCCAAAUUUCAUUCCAUUCCAUUUCUCUACUUGAUUCUCAACAACAUCCAUCAUCAAUCCAUCCUCUUUUCAUUUUCAACUCUGGCAGACCCUACACAUCAAACCCUACCUUUUCUCCCCUUUUCCAUUUCCAUUUCCCCUAAUCUUGACAACCAUCCCUUUGAUUUCAACUCCAGAAGGAAGGGGAAAAGAUCGAUUCGAAGAGUCAAGAUGUUGUGGAUUAUGAGAUUCUCCGGUUUUUUCUCUGCCGCUAUGUUGAUGGUCAUUCUCUCUCCAUCUCUCCAGUCAUUUCCCCCCGCCGAAGCCAUUCGCUCCUCUCACCUUGACUUCAACCUCCGCCAGUCUGUUCGUCUUUCCGUCUCUGAUUCACCCACUCGCUUUCUCUUCCGUAGGUCGCCGUUGUAUCGCAAUGCUGAGCAUUGUAGUCCAAGAGACUUCAAAUUUACGGGUAGAUUUGGUGUUUGUGAUCCCAGUUUGGUUCAUGUUGCGAUUACGCUUGAUGUUGAGUACCUUCGUGGUUCAAUUGCGGCUGUCAAUUCCAUUCUGCAGCAUUCCCUGUGUCCGGAGAGCGUCUUCUUUCAUUUUCUUGUUUCUGAGACGAAUCUUGAAGCCGUUGUUAGAUCCGCUUUUCCUCAGUUGAAAUUCAAGGUCUAUUACUUUAAUCCGGCCAUUGUUCAGAAUCUGAUUUCCACUUCGGUGCGGCAAGCCCUCGAAGAGCCGCUUAAUUAUGCGAGGAACUACUUGGCGGAGUUAUUGGAGCCCUGUGUUCGGAGAGUUAUUUAUUUGGAUUCCGAUCUCGUUGUUGUUGAUGAUAUCUCUAAGCUUUGGAGUACUAAUUUGGGUUCUAAAACCAUCGGAGCACCGGAAUACUGUCACGCCAACUUCACCAAGUAUUUCACCUCACGGUUUUGGUUGGAUAAGCGGUUCUCCGGCACGUUUCUUGGCCGGAAGCCCUGUUACUUCAACUCUGGUGUUAUGGUUAUAGAUCUCGCUAAGUGGCGACGGGCCGGCUACACGAAACGGAUCGAACGGUGGAUGGAGAUUCAGAAAAACAAUCGGAUCUACGAGCUCGGUUCCCUUCCGCCGUUCCUUCUCGUGUUCGCUGGUGAUGUAUCUCCCAUUGAACACCGGUGGAACCAGCACGGCCUCGGGGGCGACAAUGUGAAAGGCAGCUGCCGGAACCUCCACGCCGGUCCGGUUAGCCUUCUUCACUGGUCAGGAAGUGGAAAGCCAUGGAUGAGGCUAGACUCGAAGAAACCCUGCCCUCUGGAUUCCCUCUGGGCACCAUACGACUUGUACGGCCACUCUCACUGAAGCACCGUCGCCGGUAAGAACAGAAAAAGACAAAAAAGAAAAGCCCUCCCACAUCCUUCCCCUUCUUCUUCCUCCUCUUCCCCCAAGGACUGUUUUGUCUCCUAAUUUAGUCCUCCAAAAUUCCCCAUUCUUACUUCCUCCUCCAUUAAUUCAUAUUUUCUUUACAUAUUUUCAUUUAUUUUCUGGGGGAUUAUUGACUCAAUCAUCAUCAUCUUUCUUC